AUGGAUUCGGCGGCGAACGGCGUCCGGCUGGCCGCCUUCAGGCCCGGCCCUCCGCCUGCGCCCGCGGAGCCGGGCCCGCCCGGGUUCCUGGGUCGUCACGGCGACGGCGGCGGCUACGACACCCUGGACGCUCCGCCGCACCACGACUUCUACGCCCGGACGGCGGCGGCGGGCCGGCGGCGCCGCGCCAGGCCGUCCCUGUUCCAGCUGCACGGCCGGGUCCAGGACCCGUCCAGACCGCCGCUCUACGAGGAGACCACCUCCGGACCGGACGGGGGGGACAGCUCGCAGGAGGACGAGGACCAGCCGGAGGAGCCCUCAUCCCAGCCAGCUCGCUUCGGCUGGAUCCAGGGGGUCAUGAUCCGCUGCAUGCUGAACAUCUGGGGUGUGAUCCUGUACCUGCGGCUGCCCUGGAUCACGGCUCAGGCCGGAAUCGGUCUGACCUGGGUCAUCGUCCUGGUCUCGUCCUGCAUCACCGGGGUCACAGGCCUGUCCACCGCCGCCAUCGCCACCAACGGCAAGGUCAAGUCAGGGGGGACCUACUUCCUGAUCAGCCGGAGUCUGGGUCCGGAGCUGGGCGGCUCCAUCGGCCUCAUCUUCGCCUUCGCCAACGCCGUGGCGGUCGCCAUGCACACGGUGGGCUUCGCCGAGACCGUCCGGGACCUCAUGGCCGAGCACGGCGCCGUCAUGGUGGACCCGGUCAACGACAUCCGGAUCGUCGGCAUCGUCACCGUCACCGCGCUGCUGGGAAUCUCCAUGGCCGGGAUGGCCUGGGAGUCCAAGGCUCAGGUUCUCUUCUUCCUGGUCAUCCUGGUUUCUUUCGCGAACUACAUCGUUGGAACCUUCAUUCCUGCUUCAGCAGAGAAACAGUCCAGAGGAUUCUUCAGCUACAGAGCGGACAUCUUUGCGGAGAACUUCGUCCCGGGCUGGCGGGGGCCCGACGGGAACUUCUUCGCCAUGUUCUCCAUCUUCUUCCCGUCGGCGACGGGGAUCCUGGCCGGAGCCAACAUCUCCGGAGACCUGAAGGAUCCGGCGGUGGCGAUCCCCCGGGGAACCCUGAUGGCCAUCCUGCUGACCACCCUGUCCUACCUGGUCAUCUCCGCCACCAUCGGAGCCUGUGUGGUGCGCGACGCCUCCGGUUUGCUCAACGACACUCUGUCCGGCCCGGCCUGCUCCGGCUUGGCCUGCAGGUACGGCUGGGACUUCAGCCGCUGCACCGGCAACCUCACCUGCAGCCACGGCCUCAGCAACUACUACCAGGCCAUGAGCAUGGUGUCGGGUUUCGCUCCGCUCAUCACCGCCGGGAUCUUCGGAGCGACUCUGUCUUCGGCGCUGGCCUGUCUGGUUUCAGCUCCUAAAGUCUUCCAGUGCCUGUGUCAGGACCGGCUGUACCCGCUCAUCGGCUUCUUCGGGAAAGGCUACGGGAAAAACCAGGAGCCAAUCAGAGGCUACCUGCUGACCUACGUCAUCGCCGCCGCCUUCAUCCUCAUCGCGGAGCUCAACACCAUCGCUCCCAUCAUCUCCAACUUCUUCCUCUGCUCCUACUGCCUCAUCAACUUCAGCUGCUUCCAUGCCUCCGUCACCAACUCUCCAGGCUGGCGUCCGUCCUUCCGGUUCUACAGUAAGUGGCUGUCCCUGCUGGCGGCGCUGGUCUGCGCCGUCAUCAUGUUCCUGCUCAACUGGUGGGCCGCCCUGAUCGCCUUCGGCAUCGUGCUGCUGCUGCUGGGAUACACACUGUAUCGGAGGCCCGAGGUCAACUGGGGCUCGUCGGUCCAGGCCAGCUCCUACAGCCUGGCGCUGAGCCAGUGCGAGGGUCUGAACCGGGUCCAGGACCACGUGAAGAACUACCGGCCGCAGUGCCUGGUCCUGAGCGGGCCCCCCGGGACCCGGCCGGCCCUGGUGGACCUGGUGGGGCUCCUCACCAAGCGGCUCAGCCUGAUGCUGUGUGGGGACGUGGUCUGUGCCGGCCCCUCCCCCGCCGCGCUGCAGGAGCUGAGCGGCGACCGCCACACUGCCUGGCUCAACGGCCGGGGCGUCCGGGCCUUCUACAGGGGGGUCCUGGCCCCGGACCUCCGGUCUGGAGCCAACAUCCUGCUGCAGGGCGCCGGUCUGGGCCGGAUGAAGCCCAACAUCUUGCUCAUGGGCUUCAAGUCGGACUGGAGCAGAGCCUCGGCGCCGGCGGCUCAGAGCUACGUCCAGAUCCUGCACGAUGCCUUCGACCUGCAGUACGGAGUGUGUGUCCUGAGAAUGAAGGACGGACUGGACGUCUCUCACAUGUCUCCGUCUCACGUGAAUCCAGGAUUUGAUGAAACACAGGUACACACACACACACACACACACACACACACACACACACACACACACACUCAGCCUGCCGGUCUGUCCUCAGCCUCCUUCCCGCCGGAGCCUCAGAUCCAGACUCAGUUCCAGAGGAAGCAGCGACGGCAGAGCGUCCACGUCUACUGGCUGGGAGACGACGGAGGCCUCACCCUGCUGCUGCCCUACCUUCUGACCCGUAGGAGGCGCUGGUCUCGCUGCUGCGUCCGGGUCUUCGUGGGCGGAGAACGGGACCGGCUGGAGGAGCGGCGGGCGGAGGCGCUGGCGCUGAUCCAGAGGUUCCGUCUGGGGUUCCGGGACGUGGAGGUUCUCCCCGACGUCUUCCAGGACCCUCAGCCGCACAGCGUGCGUCGGUUCGAGGACUUGGUCAGCUGCUUCAGGCUGGACUCCAACCCGAAGCAGGACUCCCAGGCACAGGCGUGGAACCGGCAACCCGGGGAGCCCUGGAUGAUCACGGACCAGGACUACGAGAAGAACCGGGCCAAGUCUCUCCGUCAGAUCCGGCUGAACGAGGUUCUGCAGGACCGGUCCGGAGACGCCGCCCUGAUCCUCAUCACCAUGCCGGUCGGCAGGAGGGGGGCGUGUCCCGGCGCGCUCUACCUGUCCUGGCUGGACGUCCUGUCCCGGGACCUGAGACCCCCGGUCCUGAUGGUCCGGGGGAACCAGGAGAACGUCCUCACCUUCUACUGCCAGUGA